UAAAUCGACCUUAUCUCUUAAGUUGAUCUAAGAAAAUGUAUACCAAACAUUUCACUCCUCUCGAAUCAGAUCCAGCCAUUUUCUCCGAGUUGAUUCACGUUCUGGGUGUUGAGGAGAAGCUAGAAUUCGUCGAAAUCUACUCCUUCGAUGUCGACACCCUCAUCUAUCUUCCCCGGCCCGUUCUAGCUGUCAUUGUUAUCUUUCCUGAUGAUGACGUCGCCAAAUCUACUAUUACAGGCUUCGGGGAACACAGUCUCACAAGUGAGGAGCGAAGCAGAGUUAUAUGGGCGAAGCAGACGAUCAACAAUGCUUGUGGAUUCUACGCUGCCCUGCAUGCAGUCUGUAACGGCACCGCCAAAGACUUUAUUAAAAGUGGAUCAGUGUUUGAUAUCAUAGCAAGCGCUUCUAACGAAUCUAGGCCGGAUGUAGCAAACAUAAUCGAAACCUCCGACCAGAUCCAGGCCCAGUAUGCAAACGUGGCUGUAAAAGGGUCAACGUCGCCCGGUGCCCCUACCGAUGAAGUCGAAUAUCACUACGUAUGUUUCACAAAAGCCACGAAUUCUCGGUUAUGGCUUUUGGACGGCGACAGAGAUGGUCCGCUGGCUUGCAACGAAGAUUGUGGAGUAGAGGGGGACGUCCUGGACAGUCCGAAUCGGGAAACCAUCCAACGUUUCCUCGUCGAGCACGGUAGUGCAAGUUCGAACAAUUUUGCAAUGAUGGCACUGGUCCAAACUUAGUUUAAAUCGACACUCAGGCAACGCUCGAAGAACAUUCGAUCUCCCGAUAGAUCAACUGCAUUCUCUCCCGUCCACGUUGUAGCACUGUAG